GUUUUUGUCGUCGGCGUUUAAAUUCAAAACAAUACAAAACAUGGAGACAGAGGAAGUAAACGCUGUAGAUCUGGCAACGUCUGUGAGUUUUAAGCAAGUAGAAGCUGUAGCUAAAAAAUGGAUGGUAAAGUUCAUGGCGCAUUGUCUUUAUUAUUACUUCAGCAAUGACAGACGUGAUGAGUUCAAGACGACGAUUGACGUUUUACAAGCGAUGACGGAUGCAUUUGAUCCUGCAGUCAUCAAUGGUCUGCGUAAACCGUUGAAUGUUUGUCAGUUUUUGUCACGAAUCCUAAAUGGAAAAGAAACAGAUGGUUUCUUUGAGGAUGAGAGUAUAUCACCAUUGGAAUCAGCUUUGUUGAUCUGGCAAGUCAUCAGAGAUGAGCAAGAGAGUGAAGACGAUGUAGUUUAUAAUGAAAUCCACAAUCUUCUGGCAGUACAGGCUGUGGCUGUUUACAUGGAGCAGGGAAAAUUUAAACAUGCUUCAGAAGUACUUGAUAGAAUUUCAGGGAAGCAUGACUUGGAAGAGUCCUUUAAAAUGAAGCUUUCCCUCAUUGUCUCAAAGAAAGACACAUUUCAUCAAUUGAUCUUGAACUUCAGUUAUCAACGUCUAAUAGAGAAAGUAAAGAUGUUUGUAAAUUCAAUUAUGGAAAAACGUCGUCCUGACUUUCUUUUAAUGGCUGCAACAAGUACUGUAACAUCACUCAAACAAAAACGUCUUUCUGCACAAACAUCAGAAGAAAAUGAAAGUUGUACAUCAUCAGAAAAAGAAAAUAAACUUGAAAGUAAUGAUGGACCGCCUGAAACUUUUCAGUCAAGCACUAAGAAAGGAAGAAUUGAAGAAACUGAACAUUUAUGCCACCUACCAAAUGGAAAAGAACGUCAUAUCCAGUUAAGGCCCAAAAGAAGACUUUUCACUAUGCAACAGCUUUGUAAGAAUGAAAGCACAUCAGGCAGUUCUUUGUGUCAAGAAAACAAAGAUUUAAAAGAGAGGCCUUUGUAUUUCCGAUUAGAGAAAAGAGUCAUUAAACAUAAUUCACAAAUUAAAGAAUCAAAAAAAAGACGGCCUUGGAAAUAUGAGGAAGAUCAGCAUCUGAUUGCAGGAGUAAAACAUUUUGGAGUGGGACACUGGACAAAAAUUCUUCAGCAUUACAGUUUUAAAGGGCGUACUGGUGUUAUGCUUAAAGACAGGUGGCGAACUCUAAAGAAGAAUAUGAUUGUUUACACUGAUGAAUGAUCAGCACUUUAAUUUAUUAGAGUAAAAAAUGACAGUUUUUGGACUAGAAUUCUAGAAUGAUGUGUUAGGUAUUUUUCUUUUGGGAGUUGCUUGUGUAAAAGGAAAUAUAAAAAGUAAUCUAUAAAUAAUGAUAUUCCCAUUGGAAAAUAUAAAGCAGAUAAAAAAUAUGUAUAAUAUUAACAGUUCUUUAAAACAAUGAAAAGGGUCAUUGUGUUGUAGUUUGUUGGCCACUGAUAUUUUUGUGUGUGUGGAACAUAUGUAACUUGAUCAUAUGUAUUAAUUACUUCUGUCUACUUACUCAGUUCUUUUUGUAUUUACUGUAUAUAUACAAUAUAACAGGCUAAACUUUACAUUAAGAAUUGCCGGUAUUAGUACCUUAUAGCAUGAGGUUAACAUAAGAAAAGUGAUCGUGGGCUGUAUUAUAAAUAUUAAGGAAUUUUGACUGCCAUACUCUUAUCUGUUUAUGUUUCAGUCUUCAGGCAUCUUUAGAUGUGACAACCAAAUAAAGCAUCACUGAUAUAUUAGUAAGAUGUAAGUUAUCACUGUGAUACAAAAUUACGCAUAUUGACAGAAUUGUCAACACCACAAUCAAACCAUGGAAGAACAUAUAAGAUAAGUCACAGAAACUAAUUUUAUUUAGCUUCAAAAUAGUGGACAAUAAUUUGUUUUGUUAAAAUACCCCACAGCCACUAAAAGAUUAUUUCCUUCUUUUUUUCCUUAAGUGUUUAUAGUGAGUGCACAUUAUAUUAAUUUGGAUCAUUAAAUGCAUUGCAAAGUCAUCAUAAAUAAGUUAUGCAAUGUUGUAUCUAAUUUUUGUUUUGUUAGUCACUGUCUUUCUACUUUCCACCUUAUAUAAAAUUUGUGAUGUGAUUUAUCAGUUCUGUAUAGUAAAAGACAAAGCAUUGA